AUGGCACACAAGAAUGGUCGUGGCAAGACUAAAGGCGACAAGAAGAAGAAAGAAGAAAAGGUUCUCCCCGUUGUGAUGGAUAUAAAAGUUAACCUUCCGGACGAGACCCAUGUUGUUCUAAAGGGAAUAUCUACGGAUAGAAUUAUGGAUGUUCGUCGAUUACUAUCCGUGAACACAAUGACUUGUCACCUUACCAAUUUUUCGUUAUCGCACGAGGUGAGGGGCCUACGAUUGAAAGACACGAUAGACGUCGCCGCACUAAAGCCCUGCCUUCUCACUCUCGUAGAAGAGGAUUACGAUGAAGGGAGCGCCACGGCGCACAUAAGGAAGCUGCUGGACAUUGUCGCUUGCACGACAUCGUUAGGUCCGUCGGCGAACAAGGACUCCUGCUCCAAGAGCGAUGGGAGUAAGAAUGCGCGGGAUGCGCAGGAUACCAAGGGCUCGAAGAAAUCAAACAAGUCACCCCAUGCAAACGCCAAGGACAAACUGUCUCCUUCGCCACCGUCUACACCAUCAUCUCCGACGCCUCAACAACCACCGCAGGAUUACUCCUCCAAGACGGCGCCUGCCAAAGAUGGAUCGUCGGCGGCUGUUGAUGGAGAGGGAGAGAUGAGUAACACUUGUCCUAAGCUCAGCAGCUUCUACGAAUUCUUUUCUCUCUCUCAUCUCACGCCUCCGAUUCAAUUUAUAAGGAGGGCAAUAAGACAACCAGAUGAUGAUGUUUUAGCUGCCGGUCAUCUUCUCUCUCUUGAAGUAAAACUUUGCAAUGGGAAGUUGAUUGCUGUUGAGGCUUGCAGAAAAGGUUUUUAUAGCAUUGGAAAGCAUCAGAUUCUUUGUCACACUCUUGUUGAUCUUUUGAGACAACUCAGUAGAGCUUUUGAAAAUGCAUAUGAUGAUCUCAUGAACGCAUUCUCGGAGAGGAACAAGUUUGGAAAUCUCCCAUGUGGCUUUAGAGCUAACACAUGGCUUAUACCCCCUGUAGCUACACAAUCACCACCUGUCUUUCCUCCUCUCCCUGCGGAGGAUGAAAAAUGGGGAGGAAAUGGAGGUGGUCUAGGAAGAGAUGGCAAAAGUGAUUUGAUACCUUACGCUCAUGAACUUUUGUCUCUAGCAUCUAUGCCAUGCAAAACAGUAGAGGAAAGGCAGGUUCGAGAUAGAAAAGCUUUUCUUCUCCACAGUUUGUUUGUCGAUGUUGCUAUUUUUAGAGGCAUUUCAGCUGUCCGACAUGUGAUGGGAAAACCAGAAUUAGCUCAUUCUGGUGCAAACGGAGAAAUAAUUUAUACGGAGAGAGUAGGGGACUUGAGGAUAACUGUCAUCAAAGAUGCUUCCAAUGCUAGCUGCAAAGUAGAUACUAAGAUUGAUGGAAAACAGGCAACUGGAGUAAAUACCAAAAGAUUAAUCGAAAGAAACCUACUAAAGGGGAUAACUGCUGAUGAAAACACUGCUGCCCAUGAUGUUGCCACCCUAGGUAUUGUAAACAUGAGGUAUUGUGGUUAUAUUGCUACUGUGCAAGUACUGGAGAUUGAAAAUGCGAAUGUGGGCCAUCCAAUGGAAAGCCUUGAGCUUCUUGAUCAGCCUGAUGGUGGUGCUAAUGCCCUCAAUAUUAACAGUUUGAGGUUUCUUUUUCAUGAAAAUAAUACUGCGGAUCAAAAUAAACCAAUGUCACAUUCACGAACAAUAGAGUGUGAAGAACGUAGUUCUUCCCAAGCUUUUGUAGAGAUAUUGCUGGAAGACAGCCUUAUGAAGCUUCAGAAAGAGGAAACUGAGGAGGACACUUUUGUGAGAUGGGAACUUGGAGCGUGCUGGAUACAGCAUUUACAAGAUCAGAUAAAAACAGAAAAAGAUAAGAAACCAUCUAGUGAGAAGACCAAAAAAGAGAUGAAAGUUGAAGGACUUGGAACAUCACUCAAAUCCCUUAAAAAUAAAAAGAAGAAUUCAGACAAAAAUAUUACAGAAAUCCAUUCUGAAAACUUAAAGAGUGUUGAAGAAUUUGUAGAUGAGGAGGCUGAAAAAGCUGUGACAAAUUUGACAAAAUCUUUGAUGGAUACUGGUGCCCACGAAAACGAGCUUGUGCUAAAGAAGUUAUUAUCUAAGAGUGCUUUCACUAGGUUAAAAGAGUCAGAGACUGGACUUCAUCUCAAGUCAAUGCAAGAGCUAAUUGACUUGUCUCAAAAAUAUUACAAAGAAGUCGCUCUUCCAAAACUGGUUGCAGAUUUUGGUUCUUUGGAACUUUCACCGGUGGAUGGUCGGACCUUAACUGAUUUCAUGCACACUAGAGGUCUUCGGAUGCGAUCUCUUGGGCAAGUGGUUAAGCUUUCAGAAAAGUUAUCGCAUGUGCAAUCUCUCUGCAUCCAUGAGAUGAUUAUACGAGCUUUUAAGCAUAUUCUACAGGCAGCAAUUGCUGCUGUUGCCAAGACUGAGGAAAUGGCAGAAUUGAUCACUGCAGCAUUGAAUAUGAUGCUUGGAGUCCCUGAAAAUGGACAACCAAAUCAGUCUCAUGGUAUCCAUUCCCUUGUAUGGAGGUGGUUGAAGGUAUUUCUGAAAAAGCGAUUUGAAUGGGAUCUAAGCAGCUCAAACUACAAGGAUGUGAGAAAAUUCGCAAUUCUUCGUGGUUUAUGCCAUCAGGUUGGCAUUGAGCUUGUCUCUAGGGAUUUUGAUAUGAUAUCUUCAAACCCAUUCCGGAAAGAAGAUAUUGUCAGUCUAGUUCCAGUGCAUAAGCAAGCAGCAUGCUCUUCUGCAGAUGGACGACAACUCUUGGAAUCUUCUAAGACGGCUCUGGAUAAGGGGAAACUUGAAGAAGCAGUCAGCUAUGGAACAAAGGCUCUUGCAAAGCUGGUAGCAGUAUGUGGACCCUAUAAUCGUAUGACGUCAGGCGCUUACAGUCUUCUUGCAGUUGUUUUAUAUCACACAGGAGAUUUCAAUCAGGCCACAAUCUAUCAGCAAAAAGCUUUGGAUAUUAAUGAACAAGAGUUGGGGCUUGAUCAUCCAGACACCAUGAAAAGUUAUGGGGACCUUGCUGUUUUCUAUUACAGACUUCAACACACAGAGCUGGCUCUCAAAUACGUAAAGAGAGCAUUGUAUUUGUUACACCUCACAUGUGGUCCAUCACAUCCAAACACUGCUGCAACAUAUAUAAAUGUGGCUAUGAUGGAGGAAGGACUUGGUAAUGUGCAUGUUGCUCUCAGAUAUCUCCAUAAAGCUCUGAAGUGCAACCAAAUACUUCUUGGUCCAGAUCAUAUUCAGACAGCAGCUAGUUAUCAUGCUAUAGCAAUUGCACUCUCCUUGAUGGAAGCAUAUCCAUUAAGUGUUCAGCAUGAGCAAACAACCUUGCAGAUACUCCGAGCAAAGCUGGGCCCUGAUGACCUUCGAACACAGGAUGCUGCUGCAUGGCUUGAGUAUUUCGAGUCCAAGGCUUUUGAGCAGCAAGAAGCUGCUCGAAAUGGGAGUCGAAAGCCUGAUGCAUCUAUAGCCAGCAAGGGUCAUCUGAGUGUAUCGGAUUUGCUCGACUACAUUAAUCCAAGUCACGAUUCCCAAGGGAAAUAUGCUGUGGGAGCAAAGAGAAGAAGCUAUAAUGCAAAGGUGAAGGGAAAAUCUCCCCAAAACAGUAUUGCCUCCCCAAAUUCUGAGGCUUCUCCCAGAGAUACUCUGGUAGAGGUGUCAGAUGAAGAGAUCCAAAUUCUUGAGGCUGAAGUCGAGAACAACGUGAACCAUGAAUUAAUUUCUGUGUCAGUUCAGCGCGAAGAGAAUGUGGUAAAAGAAUCUACUGCAGAAAAACCAGGUCAGUUCAACAGACCUUUGCUGGAGGAAGCUGUGGUUAAAAAGCCUGCUGUUUCCAGUGAUGCCUCACCUGAAACACGUGCUGAAGGAGAAGAUGGAUGGCAAUCAGUUCGAAGACCCAGAUCAUCUGGCUUGUAUAGGAGACGACUGAGGCAGCGAAGGCAGAAUGCAAGAAAUUAUGCAGAAUAUUAUGUAGCAAAAGGUCCAUCUCCAGGUACCAAAUUUGGGCGAAAAUUAGUCAAAGCAGUAACAUACAGAGUUAAGUCUGUAUCUUCAUCUGCCAAAGAUGCUUCUGAGGAGACCUCCAAAAAUGAAGGUGGGUCAUUAUGUUCUCCAAUAGAGCAAGGGAUGGUCUCCGAACAAAGAGAGGUUGGAUCAGUAUCAAAGAAAAGUACAAUAGUAAGCUUGGGGAAAUCUCCUUCUUAUAAGGAAGUAGCUCUGGCGCCGCCAGGUACUAUACCCAUGCUGCAGGUGAGGCUUCCCCAGAAUGUAACUCAUGAAAGCAAGGAACUCAAAAGACAUGAUGAGCAAAACAAUGAGGUUAUGGAACAUGCUGGGUCCAUACUGUUAAAUGCAGAAAAUUGUGAGGAAGAGAAUAUUCAAGUUUUGGUUGUGCAUCCCACUGCCCAUCUGGAAGAUGAAGACAACACUACUGAAAAGAAAGUUGAAACUCUUUCAAAGGACACAACAGAUGAUAAAAACUCAGAAGGGGUUUCGAUGAGUGUGUCACCACAUCAAUCCAGCACUGUUGACUUCAAUAAAAUGGAGCAACAAGAUAUUCAGAAUGAUAAUAUUUCAAGUUCUGCAGAUUCUCUAGAAACGCAUAUUUGUUCAGAGGAUUCAUUGAAUGAUCCAACAUCAACUUUGGGAGGAGUCGAAGAACUAAAGGUGAAAUCUUCAGAGGAUGUUCCAAAUGAAUCCAGAGAGAUAUCCAAUAAGAAGUUGUCUGCAUCAGCAACUCCAUUUAACCCAUCACCAACCGUUGGACAUGUAGCGCCAUUGCCUAUGAACAUUACUCCCCCUUCUGGUCUGGGAACUGUUCCACCUGUUGGUCCUUGGCCAAUGAAUAUGAGUCUUCAUCCAGGUCCCACUACCAUUUUACCCAAUCCCAUGUGCUCCUCCCCUCACCGCCCAUAUCCAUCACCCCCAUCAACACCUAACAUGAUGCACCCCUUGCCAUUUAUGUACCCUGCAUACACUCAGCCCCAAUCAUUACCUCCUAGCACUUUUCCAGUACCUAGCGGUCCAUUUCAUCCUAACCAUUUUGCCUGGCAAUGUAACGUAAGUGCCCAUCUGUCAGACUACAUUUCUGGUAGGGUUUGGCCUGGCCAUCACCCAAUAGAGUUGCCUGUCUCACCACCUGUAGUUGAGUCAAUUACUGAAUCCACUUUGGAGUUGAAGGAGCAACCUAUUCCCUUGGAGACUCUGAAUUUGGCACAAACUUUUCCAGUAGAUCUUGACACUGGGACUGAGUCUAAGAAAGAAGUAGAUCUUCUAGCAUCAGAGGCUGUGGAGAACUUAAAUGUCAUAGCUGGUGUUCAAUCAGGAAACAGGGAAGAAAAACAUAAUUCUAGUAUGCAUAUCCUUACCAUUCCUGUAAACCAAUUAAUCAACAAUCAUGGUCCAAAAGACGAGGAUAUCAGAUGCAAUGGUUAUCAUGUGCAGAGACACCAGCAGAAUGCUGCUGAAGAAAAAACCUUUAACAUUUUGGUUAGAGGGAGAAGAAACCGAAAGCAGAUUCUGAGAAUACCAUUAAAGUCAUCAGAGAAACUGAACUUCCUCGAUGAUAGAUGGAGAAUUUGUCUUCACGUGGAUGGUACACAACAGAUACAUAGACGUCUUGGAUUUUCCAGCUUUAGUGGAUGGGCGUUCAUUAGAUGCCUGAAUACAUCAUUUCUUAAUACACACAGAGUUACUGUAUUUGGACUCCAGAAAGUUUUCCUAUUCUAG